AUGCCUUCUGCGUAUAAGAGCAAGGGUAAAGGCCGAGACGCACGCCAGUCGCGUAGUCGCAACACGACUCCGUCCGGAGCUAGCGGUCCCACGAUCCCAACACUACCCAUCCAGAGCUAUAUGGAAAAUGAUGUCACCAAACUUAUCGACCUCGCCGGUGGCCAGUAUUCUGAUGUUUUGGACCUGGUCGCUGCGCAGAACAUCCCAGAUUCAAAAACAUUGGAAACAUUGGUGGAACACCUAAAGAGCCUCAGCGACAUGGCUGAUGCUCGGGGCGAAGUGUGCAAUGCCGGAAUGCGAGAGAUGUCUCAAAAACGUAAAGAUGUGAUGGAUGACCAGGAUCUCGAUCGCGAAGUCCGAGAGCGCUCGAAGCUGAAGCGCGAAACCGAAGAAGAGGAUGACAUCCACAGGGGCGGGAAGCUGAAGAAGCGCAAGGAACGGGCCUCUGCAAAAGAAGAGCGCCCCUUAAAUCAUGGGGCUCACGAAGUCGCUCGCCAAGACGGAGCAGAGACCAAAAUUGAAGGAGCUGCUUCUCCAGCAUCCAAAAACUCCAAGAAUGCGCCCUCUGAUGAGAGCUCUUCGCUUUCACCUCCCUCAAUGAUGUCCCCCAAUGGCGCGAACCCUGCCGCCGACGGUCCUGCUCCCCCCGGCUCGCCUGGUUCGGAAACCAGCACAGAUUCCCACCAACCAGACCCUGCGCCAGCUGUGCCUCACAUCCAGAUUUUUGGUGACAAUCCUAUGGAAUAUGACGACCCGACGGUCUAUGAUAUUCGCGAAGUCCUCGAGGGCAUGACGGACGAUGAGAGGAAAGAAAUUUACAGUGUCGCACGGUUCCCCAAGACCGACCUGGCUCAUAUGGCCGCUGGUAUAGCUCCCGACAAGGACUUCAGCAACGCCAAACCGUCCAACCAAGUCAGCGCCAACACUUUCUUAACAUACAUUGAGCCAUACGUUCGACCUCUCACUGAGGAGGACAUCGCUUGGUUGAGAGAGAGGGGUGACCGUGCUACUCCGUUCAUAAUGCCGCGUCGCGGGAAGAAGAGCUAUCGUCAGCUUUGGGCAGAAGAGGACGGGGUUUCUUACGACUCAAGCCAAGAUGACAAGGACCAGCUACCUCUGAACCAAGGCCGCGGUAACAUCGACCAAUUGACCGAAGAGAAAGCCGAAACUAGCGAGGUUUCUGUCGGUCCUCUCCUCAGCCGACUUGUCUCGCUCCUACGAUACGAACACCGCACCUACCCCGAAGACGACAGCACAAACGCAAAUGGUGAAUCAAAUGGAGGAGGUCUAGGCGGAGAUGCAAUGGACAUCGACCAGCCAAGUGCCGAAAAAGAACCGAAGAGCGAACAAAAGCCAUCCCAACCCCCUGCAACCACAUUCCGCGACGCCGAUCCGAACGACUUCAAAACCUCAGUCGCAAAACUGGACCAUGCGCAACUUGACGAGCGCGCCAAGGCCGAGCUACGAUACAUUGGCUUCCUCGGCGCAGACGACAAUCCAGACUAUGACGCCCACUAUGACGACGAAGUCGCAGAGCGUCUCCGUCUCCUACAAGGCGAACUGAAGAAACAAAUCGUCACCAAUAAUGCGCGCAAAGCCCGUAUCUUGAAGAUCGCCCAGGAACACAUGGCCAUGCUCGAAUUCACCACCAUCCAAGACGACCUCGACUCGCAGGUCCAGCAGGCCUACCUCAAGCGCACUCGUACUAUGGGCAAGAGCAAGAAGGGAGCUCAAGCUAAGCACCGUCCAGGUGGUGCCGGUGGUGGCAGCCAUGUCGCUGGCCCUGCGGGUGUUUCCCGUCCUGCUGUUGGAGAUGCGGCGAAGAUUGUCAUGGACCGUCGCCGUCGCUGGAACGAGGCAUUCUUGCCUAUCUUCGAUGAUAUCAAGACUACCAUUCCUUCGGAGGGAGAUUCUAUCUUCGACAAUUCUGUCAUGGGUGAAUAUGAGAAGGCAGAGCUUGAGAACUGGGAUGAGGAGUAA